AUGAUGCCGUCACCGUCUUCUCCGUCGUCUACUUCCAGGACGAGGGCCUCGUUGCGGACUCCUUCGUACGGUGGUACGAGCUGGGAGAAAACUGGGUGGCCGCGGCGGUGUCCGACUGGGUGGCGGGCGCUGGUUUUCCGUGGGCCGUCUCCCUCGAGGUCCUGCUCGGUCGGCGACGAGCAGCGAGGGAUUGACGAGGGGAGACUCGGUGAGGAGGCAGAAUGGGAGUCCAAACUGGUCAGGACGCUUCUGAUCGACAAUUACGAUAGCUACACCUACAACAUAUACCAAGACCUAUCGGUCAUAAAUGGAUGUGAGUUUCCUCUUUGCUCGUUACCAUUUUUCACCCAUGUUUGCGCCCGCGCACGCCGAGAGAAUUACUCCGACGACAGCCCUUAAAAUGGCCGGCGUCUGGGGGAGAAACCAUGGCCGUCUUCUGCUCUGGAAAUUUUCUUUUCCAUCCUCUAUGACGUGAUUCGAUCCUCGCUUCUUCCACCCAACAAGUCAUAUGCGGUACAGAUGUUCCUGUGCUUGUUUCUUAUGAACUAGAUUUGCGUACAUCCAGCUCCACGCCUUCUUACAAACAUCGAUGAACCGAAAGUCAAAUGCUUUGGAUACUUCUUUAUAAACUGCGCUGCUGUUUCUAGCGAACCAUCACUGGAUGUUGUGGCCAGUAGUUUUCCUCAUCGAUUUCAUGCAAUGAUUGAAGGAAAUGGCCAUUCAUUUCAUAUGUACUGCUUCCGUUCUUAUCAGAUGGCGCUGUGGAUCAGAUGUCUCAGGUGAAAUCUAAAGGCUCUUUUGUUCUUCCACAGUGCCUCCUGUCGUGGUGUGUAACGACGAGUGGACAUGGGAUCAUGCCCGCCGAUUCUUGUGCGAAGAACAAGCCUUUGACAAUAUCGUCAUCUCUCCUGGACCCGGAUCGCCAGAAUGCCCCGGAGACAUUGGUUAGAGAAUCAUUUUGACCAGACCGGGCUUCUCUUUGCUCAGUACUGUUCUUUAUCUCAUGUAUGUGGAUCAAGAUGAAAGAACUUUUAAUGCAGGGAUCUGUCUAAAAAUUCUGCUCGAGUGCAAGGAUAUUCCAAUUCUGGGUGUCUGCCUGGGUCACCAAGUAAUGUUGCCCGUUCUGAGAACCGUCUUUUAGAGUUUAUAGCAUCCCACGCUCUGCCUUCUGUGGAUUUGCCGCAUUCUCCAGGCAUGCAAGUAGAAUUCUAGAUCAUUAUGUUCCCAGUUAGAUUCUCAAUCCAACAUUGGUUUUCGAAGUCUCUCACUAUGGAUUGAUUUGAAAUCUCAUGUCGCGAUUUUUCAUGAUUUUAAAUUGUUUUCAUUCAACCAUUUCAGGCCUUAGGGUAUGCCCACGGAGCCAGAGUCAUCCACGCCCCCGCACCAGUUCAUGGUCGCCUUAGGUACAUUUUUUUUUUUUUUCCUUCUAAGCACUAGUCAAACCACACCCUAAGACCCACAUUAGUCAAAAUGAAAAAUAAUUCCGUGAAUUUUAUAUCGGAGGAUUUUCUUUUAUUUUUUUAAUUAUUUUUCUAUGUUUAAUUUUAUGUUUUCUUAUCCCACCUGGUUUCCUGCCCGCAGUGAAAUCGAGCACACUGGUUGCGAUCUGUUCCUCGGCAUUCCAUCCGGAAGCAAAUCUGGGUUCCAGGUGAGUGCGAUGCUCAUGGUUCUAUUAUUCUUAAUCGCCACAUCAGAAUUCUACUACCCACCCUCAGUGCAGAAUUUUGUGGGUUUAGUUAUCUCCACCGCCAGGUGAAAGGAUCAUGCUUCCUGAUCUAUGUACGAAUCUGCUUUCUUGAACAAGGUUUAGUUUUAAAUGCAGGCUGUUCGGUAUCAUUCUCUGGUUGUGGACGAAGGUUCCCUUCCCAGAGAGCUGAUUCCAAUGGCAUGGACGACGUCUGAAGUGGCGACUUCUUUCACCGAGACACAUGGAGCUUCAGGGAUACCUGCUCAGAAGAACCGGUCUCCAUGCUCUGAUUAUUUUAAAAUGGAUCUGAAAGAUGGGAGAUCUUCGAGCUCCUCUGACUUCAAUGGCCGGGGAAGGGAGAAGAUCUUGAUGGGGAUCAUGCACUCGACCAGGCCUCAUUAUGGAGUGCAAGUAGGUGGACAGAUUGACGCCUGUUCUUGACAAAUUUUUGAUACUUUUGAGCGAGGAAUCAUUAUACGCUUGUUUCUCUCUCCUCAGUUUCAUCCGGAAAGCAUUGCGACCUCUCAUGGAAGGCAGAUAUUCAGAAACUUCAAGAGAUUGACCGUCGACCACGGGCUGAGGUCACCCGAACUUCCUGAAAGAAAGGUUCACUGCUGUGGUAAACCACACAUUCGUGAAUCGACGUAGAUUUUUAUAUUGCCCAGCCGUGCUCGGACAGUACGCCUUCAUAUUUUCUCACUCAUGCCUUCACAUUGAUGCAACUCUGUCAACAUGGCUUCAGGUACGUCGUGGAGAGGGAAUCUCUGUAGGGGGUAAAGAGGCCAGUUCGGUGCCCGUUGGCUUAACCAUGGGUCAGCUCAUGGAGAGCAAGGGAUCUAAGAGUUUGAAGCUGCAGUGGAAGAAAUUCGACGGCAUGGCCAAGCAAGUCGGCGGAUCUGGGAAUAUUUUCUUAAAACUGUUUGGAGACCAAGAAGCUGAUGACACGUUCUGGUUGGACAGCUCUUCUACAGAACAGGCACUCUUUCAAACCUGCCCUCGUCGUUCAUUCAUAACUUUCAUGGGAAUUAUUUCAGCAGCCCUGUUUUUGGAAAAGAAAAAAAGAAAAUCUUUUUGUGGGUGGGAGUUUUUGACAAAAAGAAAGAUUCUUUUUCCCGAGCAUAUUGAGUCUGAGCAUGGGUUAUCUGUGAUUACAGAGGAGAGCUCGGUUUUCGUUCAUGGGCAGCAAGGGUGGGCCCAUGUGGAAGCAGAUCACGUUUUGGCUGUCCGAUCAAAGGUAGAUUCUUUCUAUUUAUCCAUAGAUUGCGCUCUAACCAUGGUAAAGAGAGGUUUUACUUAUCCUGUUCUGCUCUCUCGGUCCCAAUGCUGCCAGGGGUGGAGGCUACCUGUCAACUCGAGAUUCGUGUGGAGAGAAGGAAACCAUUUUUCUAAAGAAGGGUUUUCUCGAUUUUAUGGACAAGGUAUGGUAGAAUUCCUUGAAAAAUUUCCUUACUAAUUGAGGUAAAUUAUUAUCUUAUGUAUUUAUUCUUUAAAAUCUGGCAGUUCUAACCUUCAUAUCACUCAUGAUUCGGCUACUUUAUCCAAUUCUGAGGCGAUUUCAGAAGCUUUUUUACUGUUUUCUUUGAUGUUUCUGAUGGAAGACUAGGCGAUCUUCAGCACUUCUCUCAUCCCUUGCUGCUGUAGUAAAAAUUCCUUUUUUUCAUUCAUCCUUGCUAUCAGGAACUGCAAUCUUUUCAUUACGAUGAAGAAGACUACCAAGCACUUCCCUUUGACUUUUGCGGUGGCUUUGUCGGUUUUCUUGGGUAAAAAAUCUCCAGAUUCCUACAUUAUUAUCAAUGAGAAAUUCUUAUGAUUAUUAUUAUUAUUAUUCACUUUAGGGAUGAAAAAUAUCAAGAGAUAAUUUAUUUUUUUUAUCUGCGGUGUGGCAGGUACGGCCUGAAGGUUGAAUGCGGCUCAUCAUCCAAUCGCCAUAAAUCCUUGGCCCCCGAUGCCUGUUUCUUCUUCGCCGACAACAUUCUUGUGAUUGAUCACCGUAAUGAUGAUGUGUAUCUGCUUAGCAUACGUGAUAGUUGCCACCCGAGCCUGAGGGCAGCGCGACAGGGCUCAUCAGACGCAAGGACGUGGCUGGAAGAAACAGAGAAAAAGCUUCGUGGAUUGAUUUACCCCCAGGCAAAGAGCGUGAAUGAACAUAAACCGCGCAGGGUAUCUUCCAGCCGCGAUAACCCAAGAUUUCUUGUCGCAAAAUCGAGACUCCAGUACAUGAAAGACGUGGAGAGAUGCCUCAAGUUCAUCCGAGAUGGGGAGAGCUAUGAACUGUGUCUGACGACCCAGAUGAAGAUGAGAGCGGAAGGCAUCAAUGCGCUGGGGGCUUACUAUGAUCUAAGGGAGAGAAAUCCUGCCCCAUAUGCUGCAUGGCUAAAUUUCUCGGAGGAAAAUCUGUGCAUCUUGUGCUCCUCCCCGGAGAGGUUCCUGCGGUUGGAUGGUGAUGGGACAUUGGAGGCAAAGCCCAUCAAGGGUACUGCAGCUCGAGGCUCAACAGCGGAGGAAGAUCGUCUCCUCAUGCUUCAACUGCAGAACAGGUAUGUUGCCAUUACUUGAACCAAAUGUUUGCAUGAAAUUUAGUGGGCUAACAGCCGCUAAAUUCCUCUUAUUGAUCUUAUCUUUGGUGGAGAGUUUCUUCUUCUCUUAUGAACUGUUCUUCGUUCCCUGUUUGAGUUCUAACUUUGCCUCUCUUUAAUGAGAAUGGUAAGAGACUGUAUAUCAUCAUGAACAGUAUCCUCUGCUGGCUUUUUUUUCCCCUUCACAGUGAGAAGGACCUGGCAGAGAAUCUGAUGAUUGUCGAUCUGCUGAGGAACGAUCUGGGUCGCGUCUGUGAGCCUGGAACCGUCCACGUUCCCCACCUGAUGAAGGUAGAGUCUUAUGCGACUGUUCACACCUUGGUCAGCACCAUACAGGGCGAGAAGAAGCCACAUCUUAGCGCCAUAGACUGCGUGAGGGCGGCCUUCCCGGGGGGAUCAAUGACUGGAGCCCCCAAGCUGAGGUCAAUGGAGAUCCUCGACUCCCUCGAGUGCUGCUCCAGAGGCGUGUACUCGGGCUGCAUCGGGUUCUUCUCCUACAACAAGCGAUUCGACCUGAAUAUAGUGAUAAGAACUGUCGUUCUUCACGAGGGAGAGGCCUCGAUAGGCACUGGAGGCGCCGUGGUGGCCCUCUCUGAUCCAAAGGAUGAGUACGAGGAGAUGAUGCUGAAAGCCAGAGCCCCCGCCAGAGUCAUCCAGGAGCACUCCGAGCCUGCAACUCCCGAGAAAACACCGAAGAAUCUGAGCUCUGGCGGUGAACUGUGUGGUCGGGCUCCUUCUCUGCCCGAUUAG